AUGUGUUUGGGUAAGUAUUAUAUAUGGAUUGAAGGCAACAUGUACAAUCUCACUUCCAUAUCUGGUUUUCUGCUGUUGGACUUCUCAAAUAUCAGAGGACUGCAGAUCUUACAUUUCUUUGGGUUCCUAGUGCUGUUCCUAAUCACAAUAAUAGGAAAUCUUCUCAUCAUCAUUGCAAUUCUGACAGAUUACCAGCUACACUCCCCCAUGUACCUUUUUCUCUUCUGUUUGGCUGUGGUGGACCUUGGUUCAGUUUCUGUCACAAUACCAAAAUCUAUGGCUAUAUCCCUCAUGAACGACAAGUCAAUAUCUUUUUCUGGAUGUGUAGCUCAAGUUUUCUUUUUCUUUUUCUUCAUAGCAUCAGAUUUUGUUGUCCUCAAUAUAAUGGCACAUGAUCGCCAUGUUGCAAUCUGCAACCCACUCCAUUAUGAGAGAAUCAUGAAUAAGGAAGCCUGUGUUAAGAUGUUAGCUAUUGGGUUGAUUAUAAGUCUGAUUUAUGCCACUUUGCACACCAGUGGCACCUUUGUGAUUACCUUCCGUUCAAAUUCUGUCAACCAGUUCUUCUGUGAAAUUCCACAAUUAUUGAAACUCUCCUGUUCUGACAUAUAUCUAGUUGAAGUUGGGCUUCUUGUACUAAGCAGCAUUUCCGCAUUAGGAUGUUUUAUCUUUAUAAUCAUCACAUAUGUUCAGAUUGUUGCUGCAGUGCGCAAAAUCCCCUCUGUACAUGGCCAGAAAAAAGCCCUUUCCACUUGUAUUCCCCAUCUCACUGUUGUUUCUUUACUAUUAAUCACUGGAUCAUUUUCUUAUGCAAGGCCUCCUAGUGAUAUAUCUUCUAGUCUGGAUUUGAGUUUUGCUGUGAUAUAUUCCAUAAUUCCUCCCAUGUCAAAUCCAUUCAUUUAUAGUAUAAGAAACAAAGAGAUCAAGAAUUGUGAUGAAGUACAUAAGUACUUCAUCAGACUAGAGAAUGGAUCCGCUUUAAGUCCGGUUGGACACUUGGGAUGUGUCCGAUGUGGGAUCCAAUACAAAAACCCGCACAGUGAUCGUGUUUGCUGUUAA